AUGCUUACCCUUGAGGAGGUGUCAGAGCGAUUAAGGUCACGAACAGAGGUCCUCGAACAGCUAUUUCCUGACGCGUCCGUGGAUGAGCUCAUUGGCAAGAGUCGUGAUGAGUUGCUAGAAAUCCUUCGCGUAAACUCAGUAUCUAAAGGGCCAUCGGUGGAAUUAGUUAGCCGGCCUGCUGAAUAUGCCGAAGCGGCUGAUGAUUCCGCCCAAGUAUCUGAAAACGGCGAGCCUGCGACCGAUCGGCAAUGGGACGAGUCAAGUCACCAGCCGCCUGUACUGCAGGCUGCCGAUGAUAUCAACGCUAUCAAUCUCGCAACCGACAAACACCGUCGCUCUUAUCUAGGAGUGACUUCAAUCAGCGCCAUUCUCCGAGCAGUUUUCCGAUUUUGUCCCUCGGCAAAGCAUCGCGUUGCUGAGCAAGCCAAGAAAUGGUCUGAGAAUCCUAUUCAACCCCAAUCUCAAACUGUACCAUUUAUGAGCGGGGACUUGAGUACCCAUCUCCUCAAAGAGCAACGAUGUAUCGAUUUCUAUUUCGAGCAUAUUCAUCCAAUCGUUCCCAUGCUAGAUGAAGAAGACUUCCGGAAUUCCUACUCCUUAAGACAUCGCAGAGAUCCUGGUUGGCUCGGUCUACUGAACAUGGUGAUAACUCUUGGCUCUAUAGCCUCUGGGAGCGAUACCCUUCAUGAACAAUACUACGAACAGGCUCGCAACUUUUUAGAUCUCGAUAGCUUCGGUGCCGGCAAUCUAGAAAGCUUACAAGCUCUCUGCUUGCUUGGGGGACUCUAUUUGCAUUAUCGAAAUGCCCCGAAUAUGGCCUAUGCUGUCCUUGGUGCUGCACACCGCGUCGCCAUCGCUCUAGGUUUACAUAGAGAGUCUAGGCAUCGAAAUACCACUAAUAGUAAAAUUCAAGAGGAAACGAAGCUAAGCCGCACCGAAACUAAACGUAGGACGUGGUGGAGUUUAUUCUGUCUUGAUACUUGGGCAAGUAUGACACUGGGCCGUCCAACCUGUGGUAGAUGGGAGGGCACCACGAUGGACACUUUAUUUCCCAGUCUUUUAACUGAAAAUGAUCAUAUGGCAAUGUCAUUAUCUGCUAGUCUCCAGUUUUGCCUAUCAUGCAACCGCAUACAGAAUCGCUUUGCACGGUUCAGUCGUCUUACGAUCGCCGAGGCAGUGUCUUAUGAUGAAGAGUUGCAAACGUGGUACGCUUCCAUACCUCUAGUCCUUAGGUCACCGACAAACUCGCCAUCACGUCUCACAAUUGCACGCGAAUUCAUGCGCAACCGCUACCUUAAUAUACGUUUAAUUCUGAUGCGAUCUCUAAUAUUAUAUCUUGCCCAUAGCCGCAUUCAAAAGGCUCAGCUUAGCGCAGAAGAACUUCAAAUUAUUGAUACUUGCCGAACCGUCGCGGGUGAAGCUAUUGAUUCGAUAGCACUGUACUGGACGCCAAACAGAAUUCACGUCUGGAACUCAGCUUGGUACCUUUUUCAAGCCUGUAUGAUUCCUCUACUUUCCAUCGUGAUUGAGCAAUCGCGCCCCAAUCCGAAUGCCGAGUCAUUGACCUCGGCUCGCGCAAGCUUGGUCAAAGCUCUCGAAACUUUCUCAGAAAUGAAGCCGUGGAUGCGGGCUUCCGAUAGGGGACCAGACAUAGUCGCAGCGAUAUAUGAAGCAAUUACUGGUGAAGCGGAAGUUGCUGGCCGAACCCCAUCUCAGGAUGGAGAUUCAAAUUUCUUCGGCUGGUAUGAUGAACAGCUUACCGCCGAGUUGGACUGGGGCUCGUUCCUAAUGGACGAUGAUCUCCAGGGAGCUUUCUUCGUAGCUCAAUGA